UCUGCUUUGCAGGCUCGCAAGGAGGGUAGACCCGUGAGCGACUUCCUGACAGAGCCGUCUUGCCAUCUGGUGAACUGCCUGCUAGAUGGGGAGUUGGUGUCUUUUGACACACCGGACAGGCCCUUUAAAUUCCUCAUCUACGAUGCUCUGACCAUCCAGGGCUAUCCCUGUGGUCGUAUGCCCUUUGAGAACCGUUUGAAUUACAUUGAAAAGUAUGUGGUUCGGCCGAGGAAUGAUGCUGGUCACAAUGGCUUUGUGGACUUUACGACCCAGUCCUUCUCAGUGCGUAAGAAGCCCUUCUUUCGGUUGGAUCACGUAGCUGAGUUGUUGCAAUCAACUCGUCAGACUCUGAUGCACGAGACCGACGGCCUCAUUUUCCAACCCGCUGGCAACGCCGAUUUCUACGUCCCCGGAACAUGUCCCGAAACCCUGAAAUGGAAACCCCCAGAACUGAAUACCAUCGAUUUUCGCUGUAAGGUCUACCUACGAAAGGCGCCCGGGGAAAUCAGCCAGUACGUCGGUGAACUCUUCCUCGGCGGAAGCAACGUUCCCAACGCCCAUCUCGCUCAGGUCACCUCCAAGGACAAGUCUCUGGACGGUAAGAUCGUUGAAUGCAUCUGUGAUAGAACCUGCGGCGGUUGGAAAGUGCAGCGAAUCCGAACAGACAAGCUGGAGCCAAACCACCUGAGUAUUGGAAAGUGUAAGUGCAGGAUCUAA